CAAACUCCCAAAUGCUAUGGGGCGGCUCACUGAAUGUCCUCGGGUCUCUCCAUCCCUCCGGGGCAAGCUCGGGACCCCUGACCCCUGCACACCUGCUUGCCUGUCCCCCACUGACAGCAGGGGGUCCAGGUGGCCACUGGGUACCAUCCUCACCCCUCCCUCACCUGGGAGGAAAGCUGGGUCCUGGCCAUCACAGCUCAGGACCUCUGGCUGGACUCCUGGCGCUUCCCCGGGACCGGCGCUCCCAGAGCUCUCUCCGACUAGGCCCCGAGCAGGCCUCGGCCGGCUCCGAGCUCUCCUGAGGCGCCACACAGUCCUCGGAAUGAAGUCCACACUCCUUGAUCACCUGGUACAGGCCCCUCCCCGGCCCGCCACCUCCACCCCUGCGCCCCCAGCGCUCGGGGUUCCCGCCACCAGUCCCGCCCACUGCCUGGCGCGCUGCAGGCCCUCUCCCAGCCUCCAGGUGGCCACUGCAGGUGGGUAUCCCCACUCCAGGGUGCUCGCCCCGGGCCAGGGCCUGGUCUCAGGGCACGGCCGGGGACGCCCGGCGGAUCGUGCAGUGUGGCGGGGACUCCGCGGCCGGCCGGGCGCAGGGCAGGGCGGAGACUGCCGUCCGGUCUCCCGGGCCAGCGCCCCUCGCACCGCGCCCCCGGCCCUCCACCCUUGCCGCUCAACCCCGCGCCUCCACCAGGCCUUCCCCACCGGCGGGGCGUCCCUUGGCCGGGCGUCUCCCACGCCGUCCCGCCCCCAGCGGUCACCCCCUCCCCGCGCCUGCCUGGAGGACUCACCCCGGGAACGCCGAGCACCUGCGGGACCCCAACCAACCGCGCCCCUCGACAGGGUCGGGCCCACCGGCGACGCGAAGGUAGGACCAUGUCAUCGCCCUAGAAUCCCAGCUCCGAACCCCCAGUCCAGCCUGGGACGCCCGGGCCGAGGGUGGGGGGUGGCGCGGGAGGAAGGGUCCGGGCGGGGCAGCCCCAGGGGUCCGGCCUCCUUUCCUCUCCACCCUCCUUUGGCCGGCGGCACCAAAGGUUAGGGGCCAGGGGCACGACGC